UCUUUUCGACUUCAAAAGAGCAUGUCGGCAAGCCCAAACACACAGACGCACGAACCAGACAGUGUGUGUGCGUGUGUAUCUGCCUGUCUGUCUGUGGGUAACACCCACCAGCAUCACUACCACCCAAAUCAUCAGCAAGGCCGCCAGCCGUCAUCCCAUAUACCCCCGCCUUCUCACCCCCCGCCCCCUCUCUCGGAGGACUUCCCCACAAACACUUUCAACGCUGCCCGGGCCGCUGCCGCUGCUGUUUCGGCUGCACUCGGGUUCCACUUUCCCCCACCAGACAUGUUUAACCUCAAUCCUCCACCUCAGCCUCCUCCGCCUCCAAAGAACAACGGCAUCUCUAGCAGCCCCGAUGUCCAGACCGUGAAAGGCAAUUCCGAGGAUUACGCCACCCGACCCUAUCGGUGCAACACCUGUGGGCGCGGAUUCGCGGUGAAGGCGGGCCUCAUGCAGCACCUACGCACCCACACCGACGAGCGUCCCUACCCCUGUCCCGAAUGUGGUCGCGCCUUCAAACAAAAAAUUCAAUUAACUACUCACAUGCGUGUGCAUUCAGGCGAGCGACCCUAUGGUUGCCGAAUCUGCGGUAAGCUCUUUCGCCAACAGAGCCAUGUAGUGCAACACCUGAGGACCCACACUGGCGAGAAACCGCACAAGUGCACCAGAUGCAACAAAGCUUUCCGGCAGAAAUACAGCCUCAUCUCACACCAAAGACGCAUGUGUCAGAGCAGGUCGAGCUCAAGCUCUGCUCUGAUGGCAGGGAUGACCAUGUGGAUAGGGCCAGGGGGGCGAGCAGCGGAGAAGGCCGCAGCAGCAGCAGCCGUUGCGCAAAACAGACUCCGCGGCUCACAUUCUCCAACUCUUCCCCUUCUCCCCCAUUCUAUCAAUAGUGCUGCUUCUCCCCUACAACUCUCGUUCCCUCCGCCACCACUGACAUCUACAGAGACAAACGCUUCACCUAGUGCACCUCCCAGAACCGAUGACCGGUCCUCCUGCAGUCCAAGUAGUUCGCAUGGUGGCGGCAGCAUAAAUUCGUUCCGCCAACCCUCUCCUCACUCCAAGAACUCCCCUUCGAAUGGAUUCAAUUCAGCAGCCUCCUCCGCUGGACGAUCCUUUCAUGAAAAUGAUUACAGUAUGGCAACUUCGUCAUCCUCCUAUCCUUCACCCUAUCAUUCGGAAGCAACUGACCUUCGACUGAACAGCGGUGGUGGCUUCCAGUCGAGAAUCGAGGAGUCCUCGGCCGCGGCAGUGGAAACUGCGGGUGUCUAA